AUGGGUAACUCAUCGGCCAAGCUGCUGCUGAUCGGCCUCGACAACGCAGGCAAGUCCACCAUACUGGCGCGCAUCAUGGAGCCAGAUGAAUCAGUGAACGGAAUCACGCCGACUAUCGGUUACAAGAAGGACAAGUUUACGCGGGAUGGGGUGGACUAUUAUGUACUGGACAUGUCCGGCGAGUCCAAAUACCGCGAUCUGUGGCAAUCGAACGCGACCACCAUCGACGACAAGGACAAGAUCCACGGCAUCAUCUUCGUGGUGGAUAGCAGUGAUAAGAUGCGCAUACGUGUGGCCAAGAGCGAACUCGAUCUGAUCCUCGAAAAUAGGUCCAUUUCCAACCAGAUCCCCUUCCUCUUCUAUGCCAACAAGUGCGAUAUCAAGGGGGCUUGCACGCUUGAAGAAGUACAAGAUAUACUUGAUCUUAAAAACUUGAAACGAGAGUAUCAAAUUGUGAGCUGUUCAGGCCUCACAGGGAAGGGAGUGCAAGAGGGCAUCCAGUGGCUAACAGGCCUAGUGAAGCUGAUGAUCGAGUCUGGGUCCCGUUGA